AUGGUGAAGCUGGAGUUGAGUGGAAGUCCUAUUAGUGGUGAAUUACAUGUAAUAUCAAUAAGGGAAGAGUUCGUAGCAAGUCCGCAGUUUGAGAAAUUGAGCACGUUUCUGACAGUUUGCUUUGUUUUCCUUUUUCAGGAUGCUUCGUCUGCAGACAUUCGGAAAGCAUAUCGAAAGCUUUCGCUGAUUUUACACCCAGACAAGAAUAAAGAUGAAAAUGCAGAAACACAGUUUAGGCAAUUGGUGGCCAUCUAUGAGAUUUUAAAGGAUGAAGAACGGAGGCAGAGGUAUGAUGAUAUUCUGAUCAAUGGACUACCAGAUUGGCGACAGCCUGUAUUCUACUACAGGCGGGUGAGAAAAAUGAGCAAUGCUGAGCUGGCAUUACUCUUGUUCAUUAUACUCACAGUGGGUCAUUAUGCUGUGGUUUGGUCAAUCUACCUGGAAAAACAGCUGGAUGAACUGCUUAGCAGAAAAAAGAGGGAGAAGAAGAAAAAAACAGGCGGCAGGAGUACAGAUGAAGCCAAACUUGCUGCUCUAGACAAAAAUGAAAGAGUACUAGACAAACCGCAGUGGCAUGACUUACUUCCAUGCAAGCUGGGAAUAUGGUUCUGUCUCACUGUGAAAGCUUUACCUCAGCUGUUCCAGGAUGCCAGACAAUUAUAUGUAGAAUAUAAAGAAACAAAAAUGAAGGCGAAAGAAGAUGCCCUGGCUAAGGCUGAACUUGAAACACUUCAGAAGGAGAAGAAGCCUAAAGUCAAGAAACCAAAAUCAGAAUUCCCUGUAUACUCAGUUCUGGAGUUAAGUGCAUAUAUACCAUCAUAUGAUCAUGGAGCUUCAAUUGAAGAGAUCGAGGAACAGAUGGAUGAUUGGUUGGGAGGCAGGAACAGAACACAAAAAAAGAAGGCACCUGAAUGGACAGAGGAGGACCUCAGCCAGCUGACAAGAAGUAUGGUUAAGUUCCCAGGGGGGACCCCAGGUCGAUGGGAAAAGAUUGCUCACGAAUUGGGUCGAUCAGUAGCAGAUGUGAGUUCACUCAGAUUUGCAUUGUGUAAAAUAUUCUUUAUUAAGAAUCCUUUGCAAAAUAUAUUUGGCCACCAUACUUGCACACAUCCAAAAAUAUGAAUGGAGGGUGUAAGUAUUCAACUACAUAAAAAGAGAACUGUAGAGAGGAAGGGGCUUGUGCACAGUAUUAGUUUUAUAGGGCAAGAAGUAAUUACCUCAAAUUUUAUCACAGACUGCGGAGUUAGAGAUUGA